AUGAUGGAGCAAAUGAACGGCGUGGAUGUGAGUUGGAUGACACACAGCUCAAGCAACAAAGACCCAAAACGACCUCGUAUGGUUCCGAAUGCGUCUGGCUCACAAGGGAAAUCAAGUCCGCCCCCACAGAAUGGCUCUACCCCUCCAAAGAAUGAAAACGAGCCCGAAGUUGUAACGACUCCACAGCCGAUUCCAAAUCGACCUGGCGUGGCUAGAAAUACCUCCUCGGAAAGGAUCGUGACGACUAAUGGCACACCACCUAAAGCAUCUACAUCACCUAACAUGUCCCGCAGAAACUCGUGGUUAUCGAGCAUAUCCUCAAAGUUCUCGGGUUCACCUUCUUCCAGCCAUACGAGCGUAUCCCCAAGUACUUCACCGGCAGCUUCUCCUGUAGAACCUCCGGUACAAAGACCUGCAGGACCUAGUGCGCCCAAAAACGCGGUGCUAGUACAUGGGGUGAAGGAUGAUGGCGAUGCACCUUACGUUCCAGCGCCUCCGCGGAAUGGACCCAGCUUCUUACAGAGUGCCUUGCGAAGGCUGUCAUCUUCGGGUGGGCAAUUGUCUGGAUCAGCCAGAGGCCACCAUGGAUUGUGCGAAAGAAAGGUUCUGAACGUCGAUCAUCACCGGGAAAGAUGCCCCGUAUCUGGGCUCGAACAGUCAAAACUAAGAAGGGUAGCUUUCUGUGUAGAUGUUGAGAUAGCCAGCGGUCCCCGUUAUAUGGACGAGGAAGAGUCCGAUGAAAUCGAUAAUAAAAAUAAAGAAAAGAUGAAGCGAUCCAAAGAAAAGGGAGAAGGCGCUGCGUUGAAGAAUCCAAACAACUCUAUGUCCGAGAUGGAACAAGACGAUACUUCGAAAACAAAUGUUAGCAAACCUGAUGAAAAACUCGCCGAAAGUGCUCAGCCAAAGGCCUCAGAAAAUACACCAGAGGCUGCAGGAUCCUCUCCACCGAUUGAAAAAGACAAUACCAAAAAGAAGGAGAAGAAGAAGCGUAGCGAAGAAGAGCGUAAAGCGAGAAAAGAGAAGAAACGAAGGCUUGCUGAGGCAAAUGGUACAAUCCCAGUUGAGUUGAAGAUUGAUGAGAGUGAUAGUUCACUCUCACCCACCUCCAAUACCGCCACUCCAAAAACCCACACUUCGCCUACCACGGACCCUGUUCGAAUCUAUAGAAGAUGCUGUCAAUUAAGAGAAACGCCAAUAUUAAAGAGAAUUGUUGAGCAGCUCACAGCCUCAGUAGCGACGGCUGCAAUACCUGGUCUUGUUGCCAAAUUGGAUCUCUCGGGUUAUUGGCUACAAUUACCAGACCUUGUCACCUUGGGAGACUACUUAGCUGUGGUUCCCGUGAAAGAACUGAUAAUGGAAAAUUGUGGACUUACUGACGAAGGUGUUCGUGUCAUUUUGGCUGGUCUUUUGGCCGCCAAGUUACCAACAUACGGUAGAAAAUCUCACACUCGUAAAGAGGGCCAAUAUCCUCAGGGUGGUAUAAUCGAAUCGCUAGUAUUUAAAAACAAUAACAAGAUUAGUAAAGAUGGUUGGCGGCAUAUCGCUCUGUUUAUUAAUAUGUGCCGGUCACUGAAAGUUCUGGAUUUGUCAAGGAUUCCUUUCCCCCAGGAUACUACUACACCAACGACCGGCUCUGGGCAUCUAAAGAAAACGGAUAGUAACACGAGUCAAACGAGCAACGAAGUCUCUUGCUUAUUAUCCAAGGCUAUUGGAGAUCGACUCGCUGGUCCAGAAUUCGAACUCUUGAACCUGGGCCAUUGUGGUAUCAACAGCGAGCAAUUAGAUGGGUUAGUUGAUGGAAUUAUAAAAUCGGGCUUACGAAGACUUGGUCUUGCGGGUAAUGGGAUUACGUCAGUAGGGAUGGAACAUGUUGCUAGAUGGAUAAAAUUCGGCAAGUGCGAAGCUCUUGAUCUCGUUGGUAAUGAUCUCAAAGAUUCUAUGGAGAUCGUAGCGAAUGCCCUUGACGAAGACAACAAAAUUUAUGCCUUGAGCUUGGCAGACUGUAAUCUUAAUCCGGAUUCGCUGUGGCCUCUUUUCCCAGCCCUGGCAAAGCUGAAGAACUUCAAGUUCAUCGAUUUAUCGCAAAACCAUGAUCUGUUCGAGUCGAAUCCCAGUGCACUUUCUCUUCUGCGCAGAUACUUACCACGUUUGCCUCAACUCAAGCGGAUACAUUUGACUAAUGUAUCCAUGACCCCUGAACAAGCCAUCGCCCUUGCAGAAAUCUUACCAGAGAGCCCCAGUCUUGCGCAUGUGACUCUUAUGGAAAACACGCAACUAGCUGCUCUUGCAAAUGCGAAAGACGAAGCAAGUCAGGAAGAGGCUUGCGCAUUAUAUGCCUCGUUGAUGGCCGCGGUCCGAGUCUCUCAGUCAAUUGUAUGUAUUGAUAUUGAAGUUCCGUCAAACGAUUCGUCCGAAAUUGUUAGGGCCUUGGCUAAGCAAGUUGUUGCUUACUGUCUGUGGAAUAUGGAACGCGGCCCAGUUGCAGAAAUCAGUGAAGCUGUUGCUGCAAUCUCUGAUCCCCAUGCAGCUGCCAACGGAAAAGACGUUGCAGUUCCCGAAGUAUUGUUACACAUUGUGGGGCACAUGGAGGGAGUCCAAGAGAAUCAUGAUGAUGAUGAGCCAGCACCUGAUGAAGAUUAUGUGAUUGGCGGGACAGGUGUGGUUAAAGCUUUAGGUAUCUGUUUACGAAACAAAGGCAAUGAUUCUAGGAGGCCAUCAAUGGAUCAAGCUAUCUCCGAAUUAUCUAGACCAAGCAGCAGCUCGGCCACCCCGAACAACCCUGUGAAAGGUGGCAAAGCCAAAGAUAUGUCGAAGAAUCUAUUGGGAAGUGCCAGGAAGAUUCGGGCUAGGUUACAACCUGCUCUAGUCAAGGAGUCGAAGGCCAGUGAUCAUCACAAUUACAACCGAUUACUGUUCCUUGAUCAUACAUUACAAAACAUGAUCAAAAGAUUUGAAGACGAAUUUCCUGAGACCCGCUUGUCACCAUCGUUACCCGACACGGAGCGAACAGCCAUGACGGAUAAUGCAUAUUCACUCCAAACUGAUUACGAAGGAUCAGACGUUGAACCCGAACCAAUCUUGGCUGAAAAUCAACCAUCAGAUGAAGAGGGAGGGCACGACGAGGGCGGAAUUCGCCCCACUCUAUCUCGUCACAAUUCCGAUGUCUCAUUGGCCUCCAAAGCACUUUCACAGGAAGAAGGCAGGAUGCAUCGUUUUGGGCAGAAAAUUCGUCGUAAUCUUAUCAAACCAGAAAGCGAGGACAAAUUACAUGGAACUACAGGACACGAAAUUCAACCAGCACAUCUACAAUUUUUAAGGUCUAUGGUUGAGGACCUACAAGGCGAAGACAUCAGAAACAAAAUAGAGACCCUAGGCCCAGAUGCGGUGAUAGCCGAGCUGAACAACGAAGCUAGCAUUCUUCGACGGGGACUCAUUGAGAAUGAUCCUGAAGGUUGGCAGAAAUUCAAAGAAAGUCAAGAAGCCAUGCAAAGAAAUUCAAGUGUAGCAAAUAUGGGCUCAAAUGGGAUGGUAUCUGAGAGUGCUAUCGAGUAAUAAAUUUUAGGUACUUUGUAUUUUGGACUUUGAAAUCACUUGCAUGUAUUUCAUCAGCAUAGAGUGGUCUUUUAUGCUACUUAUUAUAGUAUACUUCUUACAUAGCGUUUUAUUUAUUGGAUAAUAUGACGGGAAUGUGUAUUACUAAGGAGGAGAGUCUUUGAACAAAUCUUGUGGCGUUGAAUAGGGGAGGACAUUUGUGGUACAACCUGAGUCUUGAAUCAAGGAAUGUACAAGUAGAUUAGAUAAUAAGAAGCAUAAGUAGAUCGGCGCAUA